AUGCCUACUCCCGAGCGCAAAUCUGGCUGGUCGCGUCGCGCCUUCGAGCCACCGCAGGAUCACCGCUCCCCCUUCCGCCGAGCCCAUCUCGAAUCUCGCGCCACCGAUCGAGUCGACGCGUCGCAUAUUCCAAGUCCUUCCAACGCCUCGACCGCUCGCCGUCGGAGAAAUUAUAGUCAAACCGGGACUUUGCGAGGAGCCUUUGAAGCCAUCUCUCGUUAUCCCACCAUGUCCGACAACGAGGACUUCUCGACCGACCCGUAUGCCCUGGGGACUCCCAAUCGGAGGCAACAGAGCUUCAACCCGGCCUCCCCGGACUCCAAUCCCCCGAACGAAUUAGCGGAGACGUACCGGCAGAUUGACGACGCGGGGAGUCUAAUUGACUUCGACGCGCCGGAGGACGAGGAUGUUUAUAUCCCGCGCACGCAGUUCCGCGGAUCCCGCAGCAGAGGCUCUUCUCUGGGUUCCACGAGACGAGACCAUGGCCUGUUCACUCAUACAGACGCGAACUACCUAGAGGACACGACGGAUAAUCCGUAUCGUCGAAAUUCCAGAGAUCCGGUGCGGGACGAGCAACGAUUGAGACGGGCGACCUCGAGCCGUUCGCCAGUCUUGAACAGAACCGGUACCGCCAAUGCUUUGACAUCGGAAAACCUACAACGACGGGAGGAAGAGGAGGCGCAUAUGUCGCAUAUGUCCGAAGAAGAUGAUGGGUUCAAACCCACACUGAACCUUCCCACAAACUGGGGCAGUCGGGGCACCCAUCGUCGAGACUGGUUGAGGGAUAUCACGCGACGCAAGGAGCCUGAGACGAAAGAAGCUGUCGAGGAGCCCGCUGCUACUUCCCCUCCGAAAUUCAAUCUUGACUUGGCCUCACGCAGCAGUCACCUCGAACAGACGAACAAUGUAAACCGAGCCACGACCGAUGAACGCCAGGAGAACCGAUAUAGCAGAGUCCCCCUUUCCGAUGCACAGAACAACCUAUCUACUGAAAACAGAGCUGAGAAGCUGACCGGCGGCGAUCAGAUUCCCAACACACCUAUCAUGGUCUACAAAAACUCCACCUUCACUAAGCGCAGUCCGACCAAACGAGACUCACAUGACCUGCUUCGCAAGCUCUCCAGAACCGAAAGCCCAAACCAACCCCAACGCCUGAGUGAGUUGCGGACGCCAGAGGGGCCCAAAAUGCCGGAGAAUCGCAUUUACGACAAGACGCCCGUCGUGACGGGCGCCUGGAUCGAUACUCCCGUGACCGAGCGGGCUGACCGUUUCCCGGACCAUCUCUCUAAAGAUAUCGUACCGUCGCAGGUUAAGAAAGAUCAACCCCCAAGUGCGCCCCAACAGCCACAGUCACAAGUCGCUGAGCAGACUGUUGGUUCCGGGUUACAGUCUCAGAAGGAACAGGAGCGUGAAACAGAACUGAGAAAGGAUCGAGAGAAAGCGGAGAGUGAGAGGAAAGAAAGGGAAAAGAAAGAGUCGGAUAUGAAGUCUCAGGAGGAAAGAAAAUCGGAGCAGAGGAAGGACGAUAAGAAGAAAGAAAACCAAACGGACAAGCCCAAAGACACCCAGAAGCCGCCAUUGAUCAAACCAGAUCUGCCCAAAAGUGCCCUCGAGACAGUCAUGCAAGACUUCAAAGCCGACAAAGAUCGCCUUGACGUUGGCGAUGACACCAUCGAAUCUCUGCAGCUGAUUCUGGACGAACAACCAAACGAGAUGAAAACCGAGGCCGAGGAGGACGCCGCAUACGAGAAGUCCGUGAUGGAAAAGCUUGAACUCGCAGGCUCCAAGGGCCGCGAUGUCGUCGACCUCGAUGGGCUCAACGAGAAAUUACGGGCUUUUUCGGAGAACAUCAACAGGGUUAAAACGGGACUGGCCGGCCUCGAAAAGCAGGUCGAUUUGAUUCCAACUUCGAAGAAGGACAUGAAAUCGGGGCGCAACCGUGCAAGUGACGGCUGCGAGACAUGCAGAACUCAUCACCACGACCACACGUCGAGUGCGAUUCCACUUCCACUUCUAUGGAAGCGCGAUGCCGUCACGCAACGAGUCCGUCCAACCGGCCUGGCUUGGUUCAUCGUUCUUCUGUUUGCCUGGUCUUACGCAGAAUCGACCAUGUGUGAUUACUAUUGCCAUCCGAUUGCUGCCAAUGUGUGCGAGGGAAAUUGCCUACUGCGCGAUGCACCUCAAUUUCCCUUUGUCCUUCCAACCAUGCUAUGGCGCUGGUCUCGCCUCUCUGGUGUCCUAGCCCCUGUCUGGGCUCUUUUACUUGCUUUAUUCAAACUCGCUGGGCAACUCAUGGGCUUCUGGGACGGGUAUGUGGACGAGGCUCCUCGUGCAUACAACCUGUCAGGCGAGAUCCGGAUCCGCGGCAGCCAAACGCGGGACUUCGCAGUCACUGCAACCCCUACGCGAGGGCUCUUUGGCUUCGGUGCCCCGAAGCAGCAGGAUGGCAUUCGUUACAACAGCAUCCCCGAGCCUGUUCCAGAGUCUGUUCCAGAACUUGAUCUCAAUCAGAAUCCCGCCGGAGCGAGCAACGACGAUGGAUCUAUGGACGACGACGAAUACAUCUAA